UAGAAAGAACACCAUCGUCUGGACGACCGACGACGAAUAACAGUACACAUCGUGAAACAGUUGUAAGAAAUCGUCAAUGGUGAUUUGUUUUGGCACAGCGAUGGAGUGGAUUUCGUUGAAAUAAUGCCAAAUUUGAAGAAGUUUUAGAAAUUUUACUGUAUUUUUAUUCACGUAUCAAGAAUGAGGGCCAUCCCGAAGUGGGUGGAAAAGAUCCACGAUCCCAACGAGAAAAAUGAUGUGGCUAGCAUUCACUCGAUAUGUUUCCACCCGGAAGGACUUCAACUGAUUGUCGGGGCAGGCGACAAAGUUUUGGUGUAUGAUCCUGUCGAUGGCAACAUUAUCAGCUCAUUGAAGGGCCACAAAGAUACCGUUCAUUGCGUUGCGUAUGCUCGCGAUGGGAAGAAGUUUGCAUCUGGGAGUGCAGACAAAACCGUCAUCAUAUGGACGAACAAACUGGAAGGACUGCUGAAAUACUCUCAUGGUGAUUCAGUCCAGUGUUUAGCAUUCAACCCCAUUUCCCAUCAGUUGGCGUCGUGUGCAGUUUCGGACUUUUCGUUUUGGUCCUCGGAACAGAAAGCAGUCCAAAAAUAUAAAACAGCUGCGCGGGUAAAUGCUUGCGCCUGGACAAACGAUGGACAAUACCUGGCGCUGGGGAUGGCGAAUGGAACGAUUUCCAUUCGCAAUAAGGCCGGUGAGGAGAAGAUCAAAAUUGAUCGUCCAGGCGGAGUGAACAGUCCCAUUUUUGGGUUGGCUUGGAAUCCACCGGCCAGUGGAUCAGCGGAUAUCCUGUGCGUUAUCGAUUGGAGUCAAACGUUGUCGUUCUACUCUCUUGGUGGACAGGCUAUAGGGAAGGAAAGAAACUUCAACUUUGAUCCCUUGUGUUUGAGUUUCUUUCCGGAUGGUGAGUUCCUGAUAAUUUCCGGCUGUAACAAAGCAUUGCAGCUAUUUACUCGAGACGGUAUACGACUGGGAAUGUUGGGCGAGCAACACGAUUCGUGGAUUUGGGCAACUACUGUUCACCCUUUGGGGAACUCCAUCGUUGUUGGUUGCCAAGAUGGUACGUUGGCAUGCUACAGUCUGGCUUUUAACACGGUCCAUGCUCUGUACCGAGAGCGAUAUGCAUUUCGGGAGAACAUGUGCGACGUAAUCAUCCAGCAUUUGGUUUCCGGACAGAAAGUUCGUAUAAAGUGCCGCGAUUUGGUGCACAAGAUAGCCAUCUAUCGGAACCGCCUGGCGGUUCAGCUACCGGAACGUGUCGUUCUGUACGAACUAAGCUCGGCUGAAAAUCAACCCAUGCAUUAUAAGGUGAAGGAAAAAAUUGCCAAAAAAUUUGAUUGCAGUUUGCUGGUUGUUUGCGCUCAGCAUUUAGUUCUUUGCCAGGAGAAAAAGUUACAAAGCCUGGAUUUUAACGGAGUUCUGCAGCGAGAGUGGAUAAUGGACAGCUUUAUACGAUACAUCAAAGUAACUGGAGGACCAGCCGGAUGUGAAGGACUUCUACUUGGCCUCAAAAGUGGUCAAGUUUGGAGAAUAUUCUUGGAUAACUCUCUUCCUAUCUUAGUCACAACGGUUCUGUCAUCGGUUCGCUGUCUGGACCUCAACGCAACACGAACCAAAUUGGCCGUCGUAGAUGAUGCCGGUCGUCUAGUGGUGAGGGAUUUAAUCAGUGACACUAUGCUGUACCAAGACUCCAACGUCAACUCAGUCGCGUGGAACACCCAUUUGGAAUCGAUGCUGUGCUAUUCACAUACCACCGGUGGAUUGAGUGUAAGAGUAGGAUCACUUCCGCCUAGAAGCCCGCAAUCUAUGCUCGGAGUUGUGGUAGGACUUUGUGGAGCCACAGCCUUCUGCUUACGAGGAAAUGUGAUGAGCAAUGUGCCCUUGGCGCUGGGAGCAACCAUGUGGCAGUUCGUGGAGGCUGGAUUAUUUGAAGAAGCCUACCAGGUUGCUUGCCUUGGAGUUCCAUUAUCCGACUGGGAAGGCUUGGGGCAAGCUGCCCUGGAAGCGCUGAAUUACCAAGUAGCUCGCGAUGCAUAUGUAAAGGUGCGUAAUUUACCUUGGUUGGAGCUGAUAAACGAUCUCAAAGAACGCCAAAAACGAGGUGAUACAUCGAAAGAAGUGCUCCUGGCAGAUACCUAUGCGUUCAAUGGGAAAUUCAAAGAUGCGGCCCGAUUGUACCAAAAGUCCGGAAACAAUACCAAAGCCUUGGCCAUGUACAGCGAUUUGCGAAUGUUCGAUUUGGCUCAGGAAUUUUUGAAGGAAGGAAGCGCAGCUGAUAAGAAAGAACUUAUUAGAAGACGUGCCGAAUGGGCUUGUUCGGUACAUGAACCUCGAGCUGCCGCUGAGCUGUUGCUUUCUGCAGGAGAAUCAGAGCGAGCUAUAGAAAUCGUGGCAGAACAGGGAUGGACUGAUGUUCUGCUGGAUAUCGGUAGACGCCUGAAUGCUUCAGAAAAGGAACCACUGGAACUUAUAGCGACUCAUUUGAGGCGCUUGAAAGCAUUGCCUCUAGCUGCCGAAAUUUAUCGUAAGCUUGGCGAGGAAGAACAAGUUGUGCAAUUACACGUUGAAGCAAGGGAUUGGCCAGAAGCAUUUCGCUUAGCGGAACACUUACCGAAGAUUUUACCUUCGGUACAUUAUCAGCAUGCUCAAUGGUUGGCAGAGUCUGAUCAAUUCAUUUCGGCCCAUGAAGCAUACGUACUGGCAGGGAAACCUAAUGAAGCUACGAAAUUGCUCCGGGAUUUGGUGGAGUGUGCUGUAUCCGAGGAACGAUAUCUAGAUGCUGGAUAUUAUACAUGGCUGAGAGCAAGGCAAGUUUUGAAGCUAUUGGAAGGCGAAACGGUUCUGAUGGAAUCCAAAAGUGCCGAGUACAAAUCUCUACAAAAAUUAGCCUCUAUUUAUUAUGCGUACAGUACAUUGAAUUCGUACCUCAAAGAACCAUUCACGAGUAGCCCUCCAUUGACGUUAUUCAACACAAGUCGAUUCGUUGUCAAUCAAAUAAACGGACUCACACCUCCGAAGGGAAUAAGCAUUUUUGCUGUUUAUUACACCCUGUCUAAGCAAGCAAAAGUUCUGGGUGCCAAUAAGCUCCACCUUCAAAUUAACAAUAAACUGCAAUCACUGAAACCGCCUUCGGGAAUCCAGGAACAGGUUGACAUCAGCUACAUUACAAGCAGAGCUUGUCCGGGAGGAUUCAACGAUCCGGAAGAAUACCUUCCCAUGUGCUAUCGUUGUUCCAAUUACAGUCCCCAUUUGCAUGGAAAUCGUUGUCCCAAUUGUCAUCAAGAGUACGUGUUCUCUUACGUGUCCUUCGAGAUUCUUCCGCUCGCAGAGUUCAGUCCUGAUGAAGGUAUCUCAGACCAGGAGGCUGAAAGGUUAUUGAUGGCUCCACCGAAGAUGAACGACUAUGGCCAGCCGGAUCAAUUUAUUCAUGAGGACAUUAUGGACACAUUUCCGUCCAGCAUGGAUCGUGACGCGUUACGUGCCAUUGAUCCCCGGGAAGUCAUCAUCAUCAAAGGUCCCAAACCGUUGCCUACUCGGUACUAUAGAAAUUUACUCCCCGAGCUGCAAAUAACUGUUUGUCCGGAGUGUAACAAUGCGUUCCACUCGGAGGAUUUUGAGUUGCAGUUUUUACAGAAAGGUCAUUGCCCCUUUUGUAGAACUCCCGAAGAAAGCUUGGUAGGGUAAAAUUUGUUCUACUUUGAAAUCUGAUCUCAUUCCGUCCAGCAUCACGUAACUGUGAUUUAAACUUUGUACUUUAAGCAAUUAGUGAAUCGUACUAAAUAGUGCAUCUAUAGCGUCUGAACUUUUUAUAUGUUUGAAUAAAGAAUAAUUGCACAUAAAUGAGAUGUU